AUGCGCACUCAGCAGCUUCUUGGUCUCGCCGGUCUCAUUCUUGCUGGCAAUAUCGCAAGUGCAGCCAGGUUGGAGCACGACGAUGUCCCCAACCGCUGCUGGAAUGCUUGUGGCUCCGUCGUCGGAGCCUCCGAGAGCUGCGACCACCAGUAUGAUAAUGACUCUGCCGAAUUGCAGUGCAUCUGCAACUGGGAAGCGGCCAAGACGCAGAUUCCUCUCUGCGCUGCCUGCAUCUCCCAGUAUCGCGUCUCGGAUGGUGACCGUGACGACGACAACGACGACGACAACGAUGAUGAUGACAAUGAGGCCCUUGACAUUGUUCACUCCUGCAAAUUCAGCACAACCACCUAUAACGCUGCUGCAGCCACGACUCCGAGUGCUUCGGGCACAGGGACCACCGAUACUGCAGCGACAGAUGCUACCACCACGGUUACCAGUAGUUCUGGUACUGGCUCUGGCUCUGGUUCUACUGGCAGCUUGUCUCAGGACUCGACCCAAUCUACGGGCAGUGCUGCGACUGCAACCCCGACUACCGAUGCCGCCACCGGCCUGUCGGCUCCAGGUGGUAUGUCCCUUGUCGCUCUGGCUGGUCUAAUGCCUCUGGCUUGGCUGUGA